AUGUCAACUUCGGCGGAGGUUGUCAGGCCGAAAGGCUUGGUGUUCAAGGCCGCCCACCUCGCUAGGGUGCAUACGGUCCUCGCCUUUUCCGCCUUUCUUUCCGCGCUGGCCAUAGGUAGCGCUCUGCACUACAAGAAGAUAGUGAAGAAUGGUGUAGCGGGUUACCCAGAUGAAUGGUUUCCAUCGGUCUCAGCUACCAUUGGUGACUGGUAUCCGGAGCGCAAUAUAUUCCAGAUUCUGAUUGCUCUCAAUUCCGGUCCCCGUUUGGCUCUGGUCCUCUUGCAAUACUACAUGCACCGCAAACCAUCAACAAGUCUUCCCGGCCUUGUCAUGCUUUCCGGAAUCCUCAGGACAUUGUGUUGCGGUGGUUGGGUCUACAUCACCUCCACAGACGCCCACGACGCCCACGACGUACUCAUGAUCAGUUAUAUUGUACUCAAUGUGCCAUGGAUGUUCGGCACUAUCGCUUGUACCCCUAUGCAAAACACACGCAUCCGCCGCAGAAGGUUAUUCGUGUCCAUGGUCCCGAUGAUAUAUUUCUUCAUUCAACAUAAGGUUCAUCGCAUUCCCGGAGCGUACACCCGGUACAGCUUCUUCGAAUGGGGACUCAUCAUCUUUGAUAUCAUGUUCGACUCGGCCGCUGAACUCGAGCUCGAGGCUGCCAAUCUGGAAAUUGGUGUGGGCACUAUCUCAGAAGGUGCUGGAGCGGAUGACAUAGUCACAGUCGGCCACUUUAGUGUGGCAGCGAAGAGUACUACAGUGAAGACUACUCCUGCAACGAUGGCUAUUUCCAGCCAAAAGACAGUGGACCAUGCUGUCAGUCCCUCUCCAGCUCCGGCAACUGUGGUGCACCGCCUGAGUCUCGUCAAACACUUCGUUAGUGAUAUGUACCUCUCGUACAUAUACUGGUCCAUCUACACCUCGCUAACCCCAACGCUCUUCUACUUUUCCGUCUGGGAGCUGGGUAUCGCCGGGCACGAGCUCUCGCUCCUAUCCACGCUUUCGCCCAUCCUACUCGGUAUUCCACCUUUCGCAGAAUGGUGCCGUACGCGCAGUGGGAGGACGGCCCUGCACAUCCUGUCCUUGACCGGGUUGGCAGCGUACAAGCUGGAAAGCCCUCUUCAUAGGCUGUUUGUGGUGGCGUUUGCUACUUCGGUGGUCAAUAUUGGGGCUGCUGUCGAUUGGACAGGACCGGAUGCAUCGUAUCAGACGAUCGUUGCUGGCCUGGGGUUCCUGUUAUCAUCGAUUUCGAAGCAUGCUAAUCAUUCGAACAAUCCAGUGUGGCCCAUCGUUCACGAGCAGUCCGGCGGCUAUAAUAAGACGGGCAUCGUCCUAGCCAUCAUAGCUAUCCUCGACUACGCUGCGCGUCCGGCAAGCAACGUCUUGACUUCGUCCACCGACAAGGCAGAACCAAUACACAAAGCUCCCGGUGGAUCCUGGCUAAGAGAGUCGAUCUCACUGGGGAGCCUCAUCUUCACUCUGCAUUGCCUCCUCGCCGACUCGAGUACUCUCAUCGCGUGGUCAUGGAUUGGGUAUCCCGUCAAAGGCCCUGUGCCUCACCUGCAUGGUUCGAUUACGCACGUCGCCCAGGCGCUCGGCCUUCUGCUGCCGUUGCUACUGACUACUCCCUCUUCCGCAGGCCUCGAUGUGUUCCUGCACCCGCUGUGGUUCGCCUACGGAUGCGGCAGUGCGUACAUCAUGUACGCCUACAAGGACUGGCUCGGGUACGCAGGCGGCGCCAACCUCGCUGUGUUCCUCAUGUCUGUCUUCCCCGCAAUAGUGCACCGCGCUGCAUCCACAGGGCGCAUCGCGCGCACGUUCGGUUUGGCUUGGCUCAUCGUGUGCGUGUUCAUAGUCACGAACGUAUUCACGGUCGCCUAUGCGUUCGUCCCUGGAGGCGAGUACUUCCGUGAGCACACGGACCUUGUGCUCACCGCGCAGAUGGCGGCACUUGGUCUGGCAUUCCGGUGGCCCGGGCUCAAGGGCCAAACGCGUCUCCGUACUACCGCACUGAGUAAACGGGCUCGUGUGGCAACUGGUAGCGCGCUUGCUGCGUUGACUGUCGUGUCUUUGCUCGUGUCGCUGUACAGGUGGCCAUCGAAGGUCAUCCAACCGCACAGGCCUGGGCCCCGCAUUGUGCGCAGUGGUAUCUGGACGGUGCACUUCGGCAUCGACAACGAAGGGAAGGAUAGUCAGCGACGUAUGCGGGACCUGAUUAGGGAUAUGGAACUCGACGUUGUCGGUCUGCUUGAAACAGAUCUACAUCGCACUGUCUUCGGCAAUCGCGACUUGACUCGGGUUAUGGCGGAUGAGCUGGGAUUCUAUGUCGACAUUGGACCUGGACCCAAUCAGCAUACGUGGGGAGCAGUGCUCUUAUCCAAGUUUCCGAUCCUCAGCUCUACCCACCAUCUACUGCCUUCUCCUCAUGGAGAGCUGGCUCCGGCCAUUGAAGCCGUUUUGGACAUGUAUGGCACGAACGUGACGGUACUUGUCGCUCAUAACGGUCAAGAGGAAACCCCGCUUGAUCGCGAACUACAAGCCGGCGAACUGGCCCGGAUCAUGUCCAGUUCCUACCCGCAACCUGUCAUUUUCCUCGGAUAUGUCGUGACAAAGCCGCUCGCAUUGAGACCUGCUCCAUAUGAGAUCAUGGUUGCCGACGGACGUGUCCUCGACAUUGACGAAGAAGACUGGGAUCGAUGGUGUGAAUACAUAUUCUACCGCGGCCUCUAUCGAAUUGCGUAUGCUCGAGUGUCCCGGAGCACGAUCACGGACACAGAGCUCCAGAUAGGACAGUUCCAGCUCCCAAGGCAUGGCUUCGGUGUUACCGACGACAGUCGCGAAGCUCGAUACAUGCGAUCAUGGAAGGAAGACUUGCCACCAGACCAUUGGUUCCCAAUGGAGUAUUAUCCUGAACUCGGUGGCAAGCGCGGUCACUUCUAUCAUGUUUUCGAUACGCCUCUGUACUACAAGCUCCCCGAGGGUGCAUUGUUGUAA